ACCGUCUAGGAGAGGACCCUAGCUGUCUCUGCGUAACGGACUUUAGUGUUUCUCCACAGGGAUUCCAGACGGCGAGCCGCGGGGGUUCGGCGGCGCGGUCCGUGUGAAGCCGCCCCGCAGGCCCGCUGCCCUCUGCUGGGCGUGGGGACGCAGCGCACAGCGACGCAGAGGCCUUUGCCUGAAUUUGACAGUAAGCAGGUCACUCUCUAGAGGAAAGCUUCACAUAAAGAAAUGGCAAGACAUGUUUUGAAGACAUCACCUAUCCCUAUGAAGACAAAAUUGCUACAUCAAAUAGGAUUGUCACUUUAUAGUACCUCUCAUGGCUUCCAUGAGGAAGAAGUGAAAAGAAAACUUGAGCAGUUUCCUGGUGGAUCCAUUGACCUUCAGAAGGAAGACAGUGGCAUUGGCAUUCUUACUCUGAACAAUCCAAGUAAAAUGAAUGCCUUCUCAGGUGUUAUGAUGCUACAACUUCUGGAAAAAGUGAUUGAGUUGGAAAACUGGACAGAGGGGAAAGGGCUCAUUGUCCACGGAGCAAAAAAUACUUUCUCCUCAGGAUCUGAUCUGAAUGCUGUGAAAGCACUAGGAACUCCAGAGGAUGGAAUGGCCGUAUGCAUGUUCAUGCAAAACACCUUAACAAGAUUUAUGAGACUUCCUUUAAUAAGUGUUGCACUAGUUCAAGGUCGGGCCCUGGGUGGAGGAGCAGAGGUUACCACAGCAUGUGAUUUCAGAUUAAUGACUACCGAGAGUGAGAUCAGAUUUGUCCACAAGGAGAUGGGUGUAAUACCAAGCUGGGGAGGUGCUACCCGGCUAGUUGAAAUAAUUGGCAGUAGACAAGCCCUCAAAGUGUUAAGUGGGGCCCUUAAGCUGGAUUCAAAAAAGGCUUUACAAAUAGGAAUGGUUGAGGAGGUCUUGCAGUCUUCAGAUGAAACCGAAUGUCUCAGAGAGGCACAAGAGUGGCUACAGCAGUUUAUCAAAGGGCCACCAGAAGUAAUUAGAGCUUUGAAAAAAUCUGUUUCUUCAAGCAAAGAGCUUUGUUUAGAGGAGGCAUUACAGACUGAAAGAGAUCUUUUAGGAACAGUUUGGGGUGGACCCGCAAAUUUAGAGGCUAUUGCUAGGAAAGGAAAGUUUAAUAAAUAGUUUAAAAAAAUAUGUACUACAGGUAAAACUCCAAUGAUUAAUAUGUAUAAAAGUUAAAUGAUAUUAAAUAUGAAUGUCAGAACUACUUUGAAGGCUACUAUUAGUAUUUCAGUUUUAAACAACUGUUUGAAUACCUGAACUCAUUGGCCUAGUUUUCAGUCUAUUUGGGUACUUACCAAGUAAUUUUGAACAUCUGACUAAAAUAUGCAACACUUUCAGCUUAAAAAUUAUUAGCAAUUCCCAAAUUCCCAUAUUAGUUCUUAGGCUAUAACCAAAGACCAGUUUUUAAAAGAAAAAACUACACAAAAUCUCUUGUGUUAUUUUUCAUAAAGUCUUUGUCUUGCCUUACCUGGAAA